CUAUGGGCCAGGCAAGGAAGCCAUUCAGGCGCAGCUGGAUGACGUAAAAGGUCUGCGCGGGGGGCGCAUGUGCUCCAGGUUCAGAGGCUGAUGAAAGGAAGGGAGAUUCUGGAGCUGGACGUAUUUUAAGCAAUGGGCAAGAACAAGGCAAAAACUCAGAAGCAGAAGAAUAUAUUCCAUGUGGCCAACAGAAAAAUAACAAAAGCUAAAAGUAAAGCAAAGCCAGUAACAACCAGUUUGAAAAAGAUCAAUAUUGUGAAUGAGGAGAAGGUUAACACAGCAAACAAAGUAUUCACUGAAGUUCAGAAAGAAGUUAGACAACUGUCAAAGGCUAUUCUGUCAGACUCUUCAAAGAUGAAUGAGAUUCCAAAGGCUCUGGAAGCUGAACCAGCUAAUGUGGAUGCUGCUGCUAACUUACUAUCUCAGUUGUAGCACAAAAUAAUGUAUCUUCAACAAAGUCACAUAUAUGGUAUAAAGUGGAAGAGACAGCAUAUAAAGCUGGAAAUUACUUUGGGUGUUUGUGUAACACAAAAUGUGGUAAUCAGCAAGCAAGUGAGAGAGAGAUUAUUGUUGAAGACAAAAAACACUUCCACACAUAUUGUGGCUAUAAGCUCACAAGCAGCAGGCCAGAUCAUUUUCCAUGCUAAAUAGAUGAACCAAAAUUGUGGGGUGUUGUAACAAAGCACUAAUAACAGGUAUCUCUAAAGCAGCCUUCCUCAACCUGGUGGAACCCAGUACUACACUUUUGUUAUCUCCAGGCAGUUUAGCACCAGGUUGAGAAUGUUCUAAAAUGAAAUUCCAAUUUAGUGUGCAUAACCCCCCAAUAUAAAUGAUAUAGGCCCAAAACACACUGCAGAAAUAAUCCAGUUUGAGACUGCUUUAACUGUCCUGGCUCAAUGCUAAGGAAUUCUGGGAACUGUAGUUUUGUGACACAUUUAGCCUUCACUGUCAGAAAGCGCUGGUACCACAAUUCCCAGGAUUCUCUUGCAUUGAGCCAAGGCAGUUAAACUGGUCUCAAACUGAAUUAUUUCUGCAGUGUGUUUUAGAUCAUAAUUUAACAUUCUUGUCUUUUUUUCCUGGGAAACAGGAAUUCAUAAGUAGUUGUUGAAUUUGUUUGCUAUAGACAGAGUGAACUUGUGAUCUGAUUAUGAUUCUACUGAAUAGGGGUGACAUAGUAAUCAAUAUUUAGGAUGUUUCCAUUAAGCUACAGCAUUAAGUGUAUACUGAGUUGGGUUCAGUUUUAGGCUUGUGCAACCAGCUGCUGGAAAAAGACUGCUACACCUGUUCCCUGAAAAUAAUACAAAGAAGGUUGGGAGAAUUUGCUCAUUGUGAUGUACUUGUAAAAUCAGAAGCCACCUUCAUAAACGUCUAUUGCAUCCAGGGCACUGUACAUUUUGGGGGGGGAGGGAGACAACUAAUGUUUGAAGUAGAUAUAGAUUCUACUUUGUUAAAAACAACUACAAUGAAAACAAACGUACCAUCAGAAGACAUCAGUUCAUCAAUUAUAUCACUGUUAAUUAUGCCUAGGAAUAAAAAUGCACAUUUGUAAUUUCAAUAAGAUCAAACUGCCUUAAUAAUUCAGGAAUAAAAGUUCUCACAUUUAACUA